AAUAUUUAACUUUAUACCUAGUUGUUAGUUGUUACUUUAUUAACCAAUAAUAUUUACCAGACUAAUAAUUAUUAAUUUUAAAGUUUAAUACGAGCACUGAACUUAAGGUUUUAUUGGCAUUCAAAAAUAACAACACUAGUUUACCUAACAUAUAAUAUUUAUAAUUAUGGUUUAAAAUAAAACUUUAAUGUAACAUCAAUAUGAUGAAGCGUUGGUUUAUUUUAUAAGUUUAUUUAAUUCUUUUGAUCGAGUAAUGUAGUAUAUAUUAUAAAUUUUAAAAUGGCAAUUGUAGUAAAAGUUUUGAUAGUUAUUUUAUUUAUUGUAAAAGCGUUGUGUGAUUCAGCAGAAGAUGGCGUUAAAUAUGCCAAUAAAUGUGAAGUAUGUAAAAUUCUAGCAACAGAACUCGAAAGCCGAUUGCAGGAGACUGGUAAAACUAGUGAAUAUUUAGAAAUCGGAUAUUCUGUAGACCAGCCCAAAAAGAAAAAACAAUAUAAAAAAUCUGAGCUGCGGUUGGUGGAAUCUUUAGAAGGGGUUUGCGAACGAAUCUUAGAAUAUAACAUUCACAAAGAAAGAACUGACAGCUCACGCUUUGCUAAAGGAAUGAGUCAAACAUUUCAGACACUUCAUGGCCUCGUAAAUAAAGGUGUAAAAGUGGAACUGGGUAUACCGUAUGAGCUGUGGGAUAAGCCUUCAGUUGAGAUAACACAGAUGAAAACUCAGUGUGAAGAUUUGUUGGAAUAUUAUGAAUCCGACAUAGAGGAAUGGUACUUUAAUUACCAAACCAAAAGCCUAAUGGAUUUCUUAUGUAAAGACCGCGCUUUAAAAGAUGACGACACGUCGUGUUUGAAUGAAAAUCAUAAAAGGGAAAAUAAACAUAUCGGUAAACAAGAACUUUAAAAUGAUAAGUAUUAUAAAAUAUUGAUGAGUGUUGAUAUAAAUUUUCAACAAAUAUUAAUUAAACAGAUUUUUGAACUGGAAUAUAUUAAUGUAUUUUUGAUGUAGAUUUGUUUUAAUUAUGAAUGAUACCCAUUAUUGUAUACUGUGAAUAUUAUUUAUGUAAUUUACUAUGAUCAACUGCUAUGAAUAAACAUAUAAAAUAAU